AUGGCAGACAGCCAUCGCCCCCGUGUCCAGGACAAACCGAGUAUUUCGCUUCAUCCCCCCGGAGAAUUACUCAAUCUUCGUGUUGAGAACACUGAUGGAUCCGCGCAUAAGAUGAAUUCUGGUGAUCUGGUCAUUUUCCAGACUAAGGAUCUAGAAAGUCUGCCAUUGCCAUCAUGGGAUCUUCUCCAAAUGCAAUGGAUCCUCCAUAGGAUCGGUGCUCUCAGUGGAGCAGCCAACGUCCCUAUGAAGCCGUGGAAUUGCGAUAGUGAAGAUGAGGGUUCCAACAUGGGGUUGGAAGAUGUUUUCAAGCCUUUACAGGAUGCAUUUUCUGCCGGUGUGGAGUCUGAAGAUACUGUUGAACCUGAUGAAGAAGAUACGCAGUUGCCCACGAUUCUUGGCCGUCCGUCUCGUUUCCAGUCUUCCUUCGAGAUCAACCCAAAUGCAGACUUCCCUCGCCGACCAUCUCCCUCGAGUGAGAAGUCUCUACAGAAAAUAGCUAUUAUUCCUUCCGUCCCGCAUGCUAGAGGCUCCGAGAACAUCUCACCACAUCACCCAAAUCCUGUGGAGGAAAUUGUCGUCGCCUCACAAGGAAUGGAAUAUGGUCCUCGCCCAUCUCGUGACAGCCUUGGCAAUUAUUAUGUUGAGGAGUUAAGAUGA